GUUCUCUUCCCCACUUGUUUUGCUUAGGGUUCACAGCUGUGCAAUUUAAUCCCUCGCAACUGUUUUUUCGGCAUCUGAUUCUGAUCUCAUCGUUAUAACUCCCGCGCUCAUCCCUUUCUCCUCCUCGCAUGCAGUGAACCUCUUCCCUUAACCUUUGCACGCUUGCUCGUUCUCAGAUUCUUCCAUGGUCUUCGCCAUGGCCGCCCCUGACUUUGACGUCCUGUUCACGGCCUCGGCCUUGGUCUUGUCGUUCCUUGUGCUGGUUAUGCUUGGGUGUAACAGGAGAGGCAAAGCGCUGAGACUACCCCCCGGCCCGCCGGGUUGGCCACUGGUCGGCAACCUCUUCCAAGUGGCGUUUGCAGGCAAGCCGAUGAUCCAUCUCGUCCGCGACCUCCGCCUCCGGUACGGGCCCAUCUUCACUCUCCGCAUGGGCGCGCGCACCCUCAUCGUGGUUACCAGCCCGGAGCUCGCCCACGAGGCUCUCAUCGAGAAGGGGCAGCUCUUCGCUUCGCGCCCUGCGGAGACCACCAUCCGCUCUGUCUUCAGUUGCAACAAGUUUACCGUCAACUCGGCCGUCUACGGCCCCGAGUGGCGCUCACUCCGCCGCAACAUGGUUUCCGGUAUGCUGAGCGCCUCCCGUCUCCGCGAGUUUCGCCCGGCCCGCACGUCCGCCAUGGACCGCUUCAUCGAACGCCUACGCGCCGAGGCGGAGGCGAAUGGAGGGGCCGUGUGGGUCCUCCGCAACGCCCGCUUCGCCGUCUUCGCCAUCCUUCUCUCCAUGACCUUCGGAGUCCAGCUAGACGAGGAUUCCAUCGUGCGCAUCGACGAGAUGAUGAAGCGGGUGCUGCUCACCAUCAGCCCCAGGAUGGACGACUACCUCCCUUUCCUCCGCCCCUUGUACGCCAAGCACCAGAAGAAGGUCCUCGAUAUCAGGAAGGAGCAGGUCGAGGCCGUCGUCGCCCUCAUCAACCGGCGUCGGGCCAUCUUAAAGGACCCAAGCCUCGAGCCCAACGCCGCUCCCUUCUCCUAUCUGGACUCCCUCCUCGACCUCAAAGUCGAAGGCCGCGACUCGGCGCCCACCGAAACCCAGCUGGUCACCCUGUGCUCGGAGUUCAUCAACGGUGGAACGGACACCACCUCCACCGCCAUCGAGUGGGCCAUGGCUCGCAUCAUCGACGACCCGAACAUCCAGGCCAAUCUUUACGAGGAGAUCGUUGCGAAGGUCGGCGACCGGCCAGUCGACGACCGUGACGUCGAAAAGAUGCCCUACUUGCAGGCCUUCGUGAAGGAGCUACUGAGGAAGCACCCGCCAACGUACUUCUCGCUGACCCAUGCGGCGGUGGAGCCAGCGAAGCUUGGCGGGUACGACAUCCCGCCGGACGCCAACCUGGAGCUGUUUCUGCCGACGAUCGCGGAGGACCCCAGGCUGUGGUCGAGCCCGCUGGAGUUCAACCCGGACCGCUUCAUAACGGGCGGGGAGACGGCGGACAUCACCGGCUCGGCAGGGAUAAGGAUGAUACCGUUCGGGGCGGGGAGGAGGAUAUGCCCGGGGCUGGCGAUGGGGACGACACACAUUAGCCUGAUGGUGGCGAGGAUGGUGCAGGCGUUCGAGUGGCAGCUGCACCCAUCGGAGCCCAAGUUGGACUUCAUGGACAAGGUCGAGUUCACCGUCGUCAUGAACCGUCGGCUCCUCGCCUUCGUCGAACCACGUAAGUGAACAAGUGAUCACGCGGUUUCGAGAAGCGUCCGAGUGCAGCGAGUCUUUAGUGCGCUUUACUUGCUCAUCAUAUAUCGACGAGCCAAUCGUAUAUUAAUUAAGCAAACUCUACUUCCUGGUUUGGGCGUGUACAUUUGAAGCUUUUGCAUGGGUGUUAUGAAUGCGCGUCUAAGUGUUAGAAGGAAAGCAUUACUUCCA